UAAUUAUCAGUCGAAACGCUCUUCACUGCCUGAUCCAUACAGCAGCGAACUUAUUUUUAGUUCAGUUCACCGAUUAACUGCAGGGAGAAGUUUGGUUGAAACUGCGCCGCUUUCUACCGUGUUGUUUUCCUGGGCAGCAUUUUUACGUGUUGGAGAUGGUACGAUUCCUCCAUUUAGCGAGGAGUUGUCUGCAAAUCACAGGAGAGGCAGUGGCGCUGAGGAGCUCUUGCUUUGCACAGUGCGACAGGUGUUUCCUGGGAACAAACACUGUGCCCCACUGGAGUGCGGGACAUGUGACUGAUUUCCGAACAUUCGCCACCUACAGAACCCUCUCAGUGACGAAGAAGUAUGGCGUGGAGAACCACACCCUGUCUAAUAUGACAGAGCUGAAACCAGUCACUGGACAUCGCAUCGGACUGUCUAGGCAUUACGGCAAAGAAGCUGUCGAACAUCGGAAGACAAAACUGUACGACUUCCAUGUCCAGUUGAAUGGGAAGAUGGUGCCAUUCGGAGGUUACUUACUUCCGGUGAGUUACGGUGCCGAGGGCAUUUCGGCGUCACACCUGCACACCCGACAGCACUGCUCAUUGUUCGAUGUGUCGCACAUGAUGCAGACAGAAGUUCGGGGACGCGAUAAACUGGCUUUCUUGGAGAGCCUGACAACGGCAGACUUGCUUAACAUGCCUGACAACACUGCCACACUCGCAGUCUUCACUGACCCCUUAACAGGCGGCAUCCUGGAUGACCUCAUUAUCACAAAGACGUCCCUCGGAUAUUACCAUUUAGUGUCCAAUGCUGCAAGAAGAACCCAGGACCGGAAACUCCUAGAAGAGGCUCAGGCUGCGAUGCGAGCGAAAGGUAAAGAUGUGGACAUUCGUUUCUUGAACCCAGACGAGCAAGCCCUUUUGGCACUACAAGGUCCGGACACCGCCAAGGUUCUGCAGCCCCUGACCGAUGUGGAUCUUAGCCACCUGUACUUCAUGGAAAGCACCAUGGCCACUGUGGCAGGGGUGCCCAACUGCCAAAUUACACGUUGCGGUUACACUGGCGAGGAUGGUGUUGAGAUCUCGUUAGCUGCUGACCAGGCCGUCAAGGUAGCAGAACUGCUGCUCUCUUCGGAGGUAGCUCCAGUGAAACCAGCUGGACUCGGGGCAAGAGAUUCCCUCAGGUUAGAGGCUGGCAUGUGUCUCUAUGGUAGCGACAUUGAUCAUACGACAACCCCUGUGGAGGCAGGACUUUCCUGGUUAGUCGCUAAGCGACGCAGAACAACAGCUGACUUCCCAGGAGCCACAGUGAUCAUAGACCAGCUUCGCAACGGCCCAAGGAGGAAGCGUGUUGGAUUGAAGUCGAAAGGCCCUCCAGCGAGAGCAGGAGCUGCAGUUCAUGCCUUAACGGACACACCGCAUGAGGAAAUCGUUGGCUACGUUACUAGCGGAUGUCCAUCUCCGUCACUGGGCGGUAACAUAGCCAUGGGAUAUGUGAGGAGUGAGUUGGCCAAGUCGAGCACGAAAGUUCUGCUCAAAGUUCGUGAAAAAAGCGUCGAAGCUACAGUGUGUAAUCUGCCCUUUGUGCCAUCCAAGUAUUACGUGAGGAAAACAACGUAAUGUAUAACUACAACGAUUCUGUAACUUAAUGCCUAAGAUGGAAGUUGAAUAAUUGAGAUUUGUAAGACCUUUACGGGUUACUGCAAAACUAGGCCAUUAACGAAAUACGGAAGCGACAGAAAAUUCAAACACGAUCAGUGUAUUUGAAGGAAUUGAUUGGCUACAACGAAGUGCAGGAUGAAGACAAAGAGCAUUAAAUAAAAACUAGACUACAAGCAGAUAGGAGAAAUAGACCCUAAAGUCGCGAAGAGAAUGUAGAGAGACAAAUUACACCUAGAGGCUUUAAGAUGAGGCAAUUAAACCUAAUGCCGGUCACGGUAGCGUAGCGGUCUAAGGCAUGUACUGUCUUCGCUCGCUUGGAAACCGGGAUCGUGGGU